AUUGACCGCCAUCGCGUAUUGAUCAUAUGAUAUGAAUUAAAAUAAUUUCACCUUCGUUUUUUUGUACAGUUUACAUUUUACCGAUUCAUAAUAAUUUAUGUGCCAUAGGUAGGUGCCAUAGGUACCUAUGUUAUUCAUUGUGUUCGCGUAUUGUUAUCAAUAUAUUUAUGACGCAUAUAAUAAUUUGUUAUGAUAUUUUUUAUUCCACAUUGUUUUCAUAUAUUUUAUUCAUAAUAUAAUACUCGAACUGCCAGGUAAUUAUAAACCAGUAACGAUCUGCGCUUUGACCUGAACAUCUGUAAUUUUGUUUUCGACAAUAUUGAAACACGACCGUGGAACCAUACGACAUGUAAGUUUUCUAUUUUUUUUUUUUUCUUGUAAUUUAAUAUCUCAAAAUAAUAUUAUGAAAUAUUUAGCGAUUUUCAUAUAAUUAGAAUAUUAACCGGCAAUAAUAUUACUCUCGAGUCAAUAUUUAGUACAAUAAUUAAAAAUGCAACUUUUUUCUAUUUCUAUUAUAGCAACGCCCCGUAAUAGAUUUAUUAACUUUUUUAAUAGCAGAAUAAUUCUCUAAAAAUAGUUUGUGUUAUGUAGGUAAAUAUCGAACAUCUAACAGUUACUAUUACUUAUUUCUCGGCAUUUAAUGUGUUUUUAAAAAGGGCGGAAUGGUGAAGAAUAAGAGGGUCUUUAGAACCUCAACCUAUUUUGCAACCGUUCUAAAUUUGGAUAGGCCACUGGGGAGAGCUGUAAAAUAUUAAAUUUACAAAUAUAUUUUAAUAUUUUUUUUUUUACUAAACAAACUCUAUAUAUAUUAUAUAAUAGUGAAGCUAAUACUGAAAAUAACAAGUUAAUAAUACUGUACUCUUAAAGUAGAAAACAAUGAUAUAAUCUAAUUAAACAAACUAAAAUCAAUAAAGAAAUGUAUAUUAUUUCUGUCCAUAAAAUUCUAGCUUGGAAUAAAAAUAUUGUAAAUGAUGAUUCAUGUUAGAAAAUAUUAUAAUUAACAUUAGCUAAUAGAUUUGAAAAUAAUUUUAUUGGUAAAUUUAACUAAAUCAAAUAUAAAGUUCUAUAACAUUAUUAUAAUUCCAUCGUAAUAAUAAUAUUAGAGAAAUAUUACUGGAAAUUAUAGUCUUGUUGGAUAAUUGGAUUAACUACGUAAUUAUGCAACUACGGAAUCGGUCAACUAAAAAAAUAUUGGAUCAUAAAAAUAAAUAAAGAUAAAAACAUACGUGUUAAAAAAAAAAACAAACUAAUAUUUUUCAUGUACAAAAAUAGAUACUCACAUUAUGACAAAUGGGUAUAAAACGUUUAAGGAUUUGGUCGCUAUUUUAGAUCACAGCGCGUGUAUUUGCUUGGUUUAUAAAAUCAUAAAAUCGAAAAUAGUUAGGUUUCGAUUUAAAGUCAAUUUUUUGAUAAUAUGCUGAGGAUUUAUUGAUGUGGAAUAAUUUUCGUUUUAAUUAUUUUUAAGUGAAAAUUCAUAAUGUUUAGUUUGGUUGAAAAGAAUUUGAAAGAUUAUAGGUAUUAUAAUAAGUAUAAAUAGAGACAGAGUAUAUAGAUUAGGUUAUGAUUAGGUAUCUUUCCAGCAUGCGGAUAUUGUGUUAAUACUUAAUUUUAUUUUAAAUGCACCUCAGUUUUAGGUUUUUUAAAUUUAAAUUUAAAUUUUAUUCAUCCAAUUAAAAAUACGAGAAAUGUCAUAAAUAAUAAAAUACUGAUCCUUACACACGCAGUUAUGAAUACUGAAUGUGCUAACAAAUUUUAAAUUUUACAUGCCCAGUUUUAAAGUGGGUAAACGUUUAGGUAAAUAAAUACAAUUUCUGGUUUACCUACACAUUAUUAUUAACAAGUAAAAAUCGCGUCUUGUAUUGGUAUUUUUUUCAUCGAUUACCGAUAUACACAUACCUAUUUGUUUUCAUUAUUUAAAAUAUUAAGUAAAUUUGCAUAGAUCGAUCUUACUUAAAACUUUCACCAACACUUUUUUUGUUACCAACUUCUGUUCAAUUUUGAAAAGGGAUUUGAUUCUAUUAACAAUAUACUCACUGGCGUCUAUAUUGGAGGGGAACAAGAGGGAUGUCCCUCCUUGGAAAAUAUUAGAACCCGUGAAAAAUUACAUUUAUUCAGCCUUAACGUACGAUGCAUGACGAAACAGCCUGGAUGAAAACUGAUUCACCCUCUCGUAAUGGACCUAUCAUAACUCUGUAACAUAACCUAACUCAAAUCUGUAGCGAUAUGUGUUUAUUCGCCUUUCGAAUAAAUAAUUCGAAAACAGUUAAAAAUCAGCGUUCAGGAAUUUAUUUGUAUUUUUGUUACCUAAUUGAUUAAAAACAAGUAACAUAAAUUAUUAUUGCAAUAUUUACCUAUUUUAUUUGGAACCUUUGACCUAACAUUCCGACCUCAUGUUCAAUAAUAAAUUCUAUGGUCAGCGGGAUUUCCAAAAGACAAUUGAAUUUAAUGCAUUUGCAUUAUCAUAUUUUUCAAUGCCAUUUCUAUUUAGUUAAAAGUUUGUUUUUAAUUAACGCGUCAAUAAUCAAUUUUCUUCUCGUCUUCCUCGGAUGUUUGCUAUAGAACUCAAUCUCCCCUAGCGUAACCUAAUAAAUCAUCAAUAAUAUAUUUAAUUUAAUAAGUAAAUCAAUUAAUUUAUAAUUGAUAAAUUAUUGUAAUUAAAUAAUAAUAAUGAUAAAUUAUAAUUAGCCCAUUGUAAUAUCUCCGGAGAUAAUAAAGAUAAUCGAAUUCAGUUAUUUUUUUUCAUAUUAUUCACUGGGAUACAGGCUACAAAUAUUUAUAUUUCAAUUAAUGUUUAUGCUUUUGUAAAAAAUUUAAGAAAAUACAUUUUUAUUUUAUCAUUUUUCAAAAAUUUGAAGAUAGCUAUUUUAUUCUUCUGGAAAUGUCAACGUUUCAACUUUUUAUUUUCAUUAAAUUCAUGAUUUUUAAUAAUUUUUUAAAGUAAAGAAAAAAAAGUGUUCAGCCGAUUAAUAAUUGUCUUUAAUAAUAUUAAUUAAUUGGUGAAUGUGAUUUCGGCCUGCUACAUAAUUGUAGGUACUUUUCUCAGAAUUUUAAAAAAAUAUUAAAAAUCACAAAUUUAAUGAAGCUGAAAAUAAGCUGAAACAUCAAUAAUUUCAGGUGAAUUAAUAAACUCUAGAACAGUGGUUCUUAACCUUUUUCGUUUCAACGCCCCUUCACCGAGAUAACUGACUGCUAACCCCCACAUGCAAAACCAUUAUUAUUGAAAUCUUGGCCAAUUUUAAAUCACAAGCCUAUAAUCCGGCCCUGUACAUAACUAUUCUUAUAUUACGUGCUUAAUACGUGUCGCUGAAUGCUGGUGUUUUUUUAUUUUUUCAUCAAUCCAUAUUUAUAAGCUCACGGCAACCCAACUGCCCUCUUAAAAUCUACUGUCCCCCUAGUAAACUUGCUCCGACUUUUACGUGUAGUAACUUUUCUGAAAGCUCAAGUUGUCUAGAUGGUACUUUAAAGAGGUCAUUUUUGACGCCAUUUUUAAAUAAAAUCAUUUAAGUGAGGAAAAAACGUAAGAAAAUGUAUAAUUUCACGAUUUUAUUAUUUUAUAAAAACAUGGACGACGUUUUCUACCAGAAAAAAUGAUUUAAUCAAAAUGCACAAGACUCAUUUUUUGUAGCCUUUUUGAUAUACUUUCUUACGGUAUCAUUGCCAAAACUUUUAAACCACUUUUGAGCUUUAAGGAAUUUUAAUUUUUGGGAGUUUUUUUUGUUGUGAUUCGGUUAUAAAUACACGUAGAGACUUGAAAUUUGGUAAUAAUACAUGGUAAUAUACAAAAUGAUCGGACGACUUCUUUUUUUAAUAAGCGUUUCGAAAUCAAAUUUAAACGAAAAUCGAAAAAUAAAUUACAAUUCAAAUUAUGUAUUACCGAACUGCACUCGGAAUCGUCUUUCGUCAAGCAAUGGUUUAUAGUUGCUUGCAGAUAUUAAUGAAAUAACCUUAGGUAUCUUACCUUCCCAACUUCUCACCUUAAACAGUGGCCGCUAUUUUUUUUUUUAAUUUGAUAUCUGGUGUAACUGAGUAACUUAAAAAAAGCUUCAACUAUUCUGGCUUGUAUUUUUCCUCUACUUUCAGUUUGAAUUUGUUUCUUUGCAUUUCACAAUCCUAAAUGGCUAGAUCUUUGAAUUCCUGUACUCUUUUGAACACUUACUUGCCAACUACUAUAUAGGUAUAUAUAUUGUAUGUCGUGUACGCAUCGUCUGCAGCAGAUUAUGCAUUCCAAGUAGGUGACUAUUAAGUAGAUGAUUCUAGUCUUCUCCUUUGAAUGGUCAUUAUAUAUUCUUUGUUUUACCCUAGUUUAUUUAUAACCCUAUUCGCUUCGCUGGCUCAGAUAGAUUCUUUGUUUAUUGUAUAAACCUUUUCAAUUUCCACGCUAACAAACCAAGUUAUAGUGUUACCCAUUUUUACACCUCAAUUUUCUAACUGCCCUUCCUUUACUAAUUUCUUUCUAAGGCUAAGUUAAAUAAGACAGGGUUAAGCGUAUGCCCUUGGCUCAGCUCAGUUGUUACUGAGUGUUAUUUAUCAGAUGGUUUCUCACUUUAACUUUGAUUUCUUAGUGCAUAAUGCUAGUUUUCAUUAGAUUGUCCAGCUUAUAUGGCAUGCCAAAUUGCUAAAAAUCCUUACCGAGUAUAUACUUCAGUAUGGAUUUUUUAUGAAUACAGGCGUAUGCCUUUUUAAAAUUAAUUAACAAUACAUACAUUCUCGUAUUAUAUUCUAACAUUAUUUGGAUAUCUAUCGUUACAUGAAUAUCUGAUCUGUGUCAGGCCUAUUUCUCCUGAAGCUGGUCUUUUUAGAACUCUCCUAGCAUAUCUUCAGCCCAAGGUCUGACUCUGUGUGUCAUAUCGCAUGUGACAUUGAGUAGAGCAAUAAUUAUAUUCCUCGGUAAAUAUUAUAAAUUUGUUUUUUUUUUUUAUAAAUAGUAUAUAUUAACAUAAUCAUAUAUGAAGACAUUAGAUAUAUUGUAUAAUAUAUAUUUUUAUAAAAUUAUUAGAUACUUAUUUUUGUAAAAAAAAAAAAGACAAUAUUUAGAUUUUAGUUAUUUGUAUUUACUUUAUUCAUCACACAGGGCAAACGUACAGUACAGAAUGUAUAAUAAUGAUAAUAAUUAAAUUUAUGGCUGAACGAUAAACAUUAAAUUCUGACUCGAAUUGAUUACCUAGUUGUUGAUUAAUACAUACUGUUUUUUAAAAAUUUCGUUUUUUCAAAAAAGAGACGUACCGUACUACCGUCCCUCGGUUCCAAUAGUAAUAGUUAGUAAGGAGACGUAAAAAGAAAUAAAAACAGCAGAGCUGCUCCGUUCGCCUGCGUCCCCCCCCCUUCUUUAUUAGUUCACAUUUAACUUUAUAUCUAUUAAAAUAUAAAAACAAGAGAACUAUAGGUAAUUAGUUUAGCCCAAAACUAUAAUAUUUUUGAUAAUAACAGUGUGUUUUAAAAUGUUUUAUUGCUGUAGAAAUGGAAUGAAAUAUGGUGCAGUUCAAGAAAUAUUCAGCCAAUCAGGAAAGCCUGAAAGUGAAAGCUGCCUAUUCGAUCGUAUUAACCAUAUUUACAAUAAUAUUCUAUUGUUUAAAAACGUCAUCUUCACAAAUUUCAUACGAUCUCGGUAUGUUGGUCAGCGCUGUAAUAUAAUUUGGACAAUAUUUAUUUGUUUACCUGUAUUUAUUAACAAUAUUAUGUGUGUUAUUUUUUUUAGAUAAUAAACAUAAUGUCGGCCGUGCCUUACUGUCAGUUAACGAGACGAAAAAUAAAACGUCGAUUUUCGAAGAAAUUUUUAUUUUCGAACAACGCACGUUUACGAUAUUGGGCACUUCCUUCGUUUCGUUAUACUUAUUUCUGCUUUUGGGAGUAGUGUGUAACCGUUAUUUGGUUCCAUGUAUACACAUAAUUUCUCACAGUAAGUACCUAUAUUAACUACAACAUCAUAGUAUGUCUGCGAAUAUACAUAGUGAAAUAUAAAAUAAGCGCUGAUACUGGGAACAGGUGCGCCACUAUUUUAGAUAGGUAGUUGGGGAGGUAGGAUACAUAUAGUUAUUUAAUUUAUAUCUGUAAGCAACGAAAAACGAUUCGGAGCAAAGUUCGGUUUUACGUGUUUGAGUAACCGUAAAAUUUACGAUUUUCGUUAACAUUAAAUAUGUUAAAAAUCGUAUAAAAAAAGAAUACUACAUUACAUUUAACUUUUUUUUCGACCACUAAUUAGGUACAACUUAUAAUGAUCCUCUCGUUCAAAUUUCAAGCACUUAUGUUCGGUCCAACAAUUGAAUACAUACACAAAUCCAUAAAAACAUCCAAAUAAAAAUUACUUUAAAAACUAGCAAAAUUAAAACUUCUAUAAAUAGUUCGAAAAUGGCUUUAAAAUUUGAAUACGUUUAGAAAAGGCAAAUUUAAGUUUUUCAUUUAAAUUGAAAAUAAUAAAAACAGGCAAUUAGGUAAAACAAGUAAAAAAGGUAAUUUUCGUAAAUUGUCCCGUUAUUUUUACUUUUUUCUCGGUUUGCUCAAUUAAGAAAAAAAAAAAAAAUCAAAAAACGACUCUAACAAAUCAACUAGAUUAAAAAUGCAAUAAACGAGGUCUAUUGGUCUAUAAGGUCUAUAAGGUCUAUUUAAUUUGAGCAAUAUUUCUGGUAGAAAACAGAAACGGUACCAAUUUUAAACAAAGAAAUCUUACAACGUCGUAAAUUUAUCAGUUUUAAUUUUUAGUGUUUUUCCGAUUUUUCCCUAUUGUUAUAAAAACUAUUUAGAAAAACAACAAUUGACCUACCCAAUGUACCAAUUAGACGAAAUUUCCUUGUAUUAUAUCGAAGCAAGAUUUCUGGUAGAAAAGUUGCUCAGACAAAAAAAAACACAAAUAAUAAAAUCCAUUUCACCGAAUCUAAAAAAGUUACGUUAUAUACUCGCCUACGUUUACUUAUAUUAAGCUGGGUCCUAAUAAUAUUGUCAUUAAAAAUGUUUGUUCGGAAUAAUUCGUGUUUCCAAAGUCGUGCGUCAACAAAAGUUUAAACAAAGUUUAAAUAAUAGUCAAAUGUUGUUUUAUGUUUAUAUGCGAUUUCCUAUCGCAUAAACGUGCUCUCGGGUAAUUGGGAGCGCCUUCAGCUUUUGCGUUGCCAAACACGUUAAACACGUUUGCGCCGAAACCUUUGACGCCCGUCCUUUUUCUAUGAUGUUCGCUCGAAUGCCGUCUUGCGGUUUGCGCAACGAUGUUUCUUCCCAAUAAAAGUAUGGACUCGGCAACAUUUUUCGUUUGUUUUCCGUUUUACAUUUUACAAUAAUUAAUAAUAACCACCGAUGGUUUAAAUCUAUAAUUGAACGCCACGUCAUGCUUAUUGUUAGAUUUUAUACAGGAUGAUAAAGAAAUCACUCUGUAUACCUAUACCAUAAUGAUCAUCGACUAUGACGCAGUGAAACGAUAAUAAUACGCGAAAUAGGUACACCGCGUUUACCGACGUCAUAGCCUUAAAAUAAUAUUCAGUAAGUCGGCUACCUAUCUAACAAAAAUCGGUUUAUUUAUACUUCACAGUAAAAAAAUUAAUUAAAAACCCGGUGUUUGAUUAAUAAGCCUUUUCUAAUGAUAAAAUUAUUAUAAUUAUUCAUUAUAGUAAUAAUAAUAUAGGCACUUUCUAAUAUUAUUGGAACAUAUUAUAAUGUUAUUAUAACGCAUGUAAAAACAAAACCUAUAUAAAUUAAUUUAUAGACAUUGAUCCUAAAAUGUAAUGUUUUAUUGGUACAAACAUAAUAUUAUAAAUUAUAAUAACAAUAUUGUACAGUAGCUAUUCGUGUGAGUUUCCUAUUGAUACACAUUGCAUAACUGAUAACAGCAUUUUUUUUUUCAUCUUCAAAGGAGUUCAAAAUCGUUUUGUUUAUUUUUUCGUUUCAAUAAAACAACACAUUGUACAAUCGCCCGAUAAUAAUAUAGUUAUUUUUAAAUUUUAGCCACAAUUAUUACUACAAAUAAUAUACUACAUCUGCCUAUAAAAAUAACAAUAUUUACUAUUGAUUUUUUUUCCACGCAUGUAUGAUGUAUUUUAUCUAUACAAUUAUCAAGAUUAUCUCAUUAUUAUAUAUUAUAAUAAUCGGCUGUAAAUUUAAUAUCACGUGCAUGUUGCGGGGAAUAUUGUUAUCAUUAAUUAUUAUUUAUAAUACGCGGAUUAAUGAUAAAAUAUGUUUCGAGAGAGGACGUGAUACCCGCAUGCGCCGCGUCUCGGUUUUACAAACGGCGCGAUAUAAGUAGCGAGUUUGCGUUAAGCAGGGACAAUUUUAUGCUGUUGAUUUGAUAUUACAGUGAACGAACCCAUUCCCGAAUUUAAAGGUAAACACAGUGUCUGUGUCUGCGGUACGUCGGUUUUUCCCCCCCGAUAUUUGAGCAUUUUCAAAUUGUGAAUAUUCCGAUUACCUACUCGUAUUUUGUUUUAAAAUUAUAAUAUCUUAGAGUAAUUGUUCCUCUUGGACGAAAAUUUGACGUGUCGUGCAUUUGUUCGACGGAGACGGCGGAUAUCACGUCCUCUCGAAACGUUAACAGUCGAAAGUCUUAACGAGAAUUAAUCCAGUUUUCAUUUUUAUUUAAACAGCGUUUGCGAUCUAUGCUAUAAAUUGCAGGUACAGUAAGCCAAUAAGACACGCUGAUAUUUGCGAUUUAUGUUGUAUACAUACGACGAGAGACCGUUAUAAUAUAGUGUUACAACCCAACAAAGUAUAGGUAUUUAAAUAUUUUAAUUCUUCUUAUACCAUUCGAAAUUAGGUUGGUUGAUGUAGGCUAUAAUCAGCGGUGUGUCGGUAAACACAAUUUUAUAGUAUGUUCUGAACGUACAUUUUAAAUCGUUUUUAUUGUACUGCGCGAAUAUCUUUUUACAUCUUUUAACACUCUAACGUAUAAUAAUUCGCAUUAAAAUUUAUUUAAAUUUUUUAAUGACAAAUACCGCGAAUUUCUGCAAGGUGACAUUUUGACACACGGACCCAAAAGUCCCCAUUGUCGCCACCAAAUCACAAUGGGAACAUUUCGAUCAGUUUUUUCUUCUUUUUAGACAUAUUGAUCCGUUUUAUAAAAUAAUUUAAUUUUGUAAGGGAAUCAAAAAAUCCUCACGGAUCUGAAUGUCCCUAGAUAUAAUUUGACGGGAUUUUUCGAUCGCCUUAGAAAACUAAAUAUUUUUUACAAAACCGAUAAAAAUGACCGGUUAUCAAAACUUUUUUUCAUAACGAGACAAUGUUAAAAAAUAGAAAAACUGACUAUUUUAAUUUAAUAAAUCAAAAACGAAAACAUGUUUAUCAAUAUUAAAGAAAGCACAGAAAUCAUACAAUAUAUACUUCUAGGUAAAAGAAUAUACAUGGGGUGAUUCUUUGAUCACGGACCCGCAAUUUUCUCGGUGGAUUUUAAGUGAAUUAGAUUUUUAUUUUUCAAAACCAUUAUAUAAUCGUUGCAAGAUUUAUUUUAAUACUAUUUUCAAUUUGUACCCCUACUCUUUGUAGGUAAAUAAGUAUUCACUAUGGUUUUUUAAAUAGCCACAAACUAUCACAGAUUCAAAUAUAGAAUAUUUUUCUAGAAGUUUAAUACACAUAACACUAGUUUUUUGUUUAUCAUAAUAAAUUGUAUACUUAUCUAUUUUUAAAUUUUAAGUUCAUAACUCUUCCCUACGCCUCCGGUCUAAAUUUUAAACAGUUAUAAACUCAUGGUAAAUCCGAUAUUAGUGUUAUAAAUAUCAACAUUUUUUUAGAAAUAAUUUUCUCUACUUAAAUUUAUGAUUGAAAAGGCGGGUUGCUAUUUAAAAAUCCAAAUUGGAUACGCAUUUCAGCUAUACAGAAUUUAGGUACAAAUUGAAAAUAAUGUUAAAUUAUGUGAUUCCAUAAUGAUUAAAAAAAAAAAUAGAAAUAAAAUUCACUUCAAAAUCCUCUGAAAACAUUGCUGGUUCAUGAUAAAAUAAUCGCCCUGUAUAUAAAUAAAAGGCAAUACAAUUAUAAUAAUAAAACACUGUAAAAUGAAAUUUUAUACUAUCUACGUCAAUAAUUAAAAGUUUUCACUACAUUUCUAUUACGAUAAAUUGGUUAAUAUUAUAGAAUAAUAUCACAUUUUAUUGCUAUAAAACAUAAUAAUGUGUGCAUUUCAUAAUAUGAAAAAAAGAUAAAAUAUAAAUCUUUAUUGUUUUUUUUAACGAAGAACAAAUAAGAUCGCAUUAUUGAUGACAUUUAAUAGUUUUUUUUUAGAUUCUUUGUGUAGUGAAGAAGCUAUUAAAGUUUACCUAAAAUGUAUUUUUUUUCGUAAGAAAACUCUCUUAGUUACUAAAAUGCGAAUUUUUCGCACGGUGUAAAUGUUAUUAAAAACAUUUUCUAGAUUUCCAAACGAUUAAAAAGCUGACAUCGAAAUGUGAUAAUGAUACGUCGUUUUUAUUUUUGUUAAUUUCCGGGUUACCUUGGCUACAAGGGAACAAAAACAAGAUUACUACUAUCUUACCGGUUUACCGAGCUACGUUCAGAAUCGUUUUUAGAUUACAUUGACAUAUCGUUGAUUUCAGUAUACAGAUUAAAUACAAUCGCCUUAUAUCCUAUACCUUCCAUUAAACUACAACUUACAACAAUAAUGACUUACACCCCAUGGUGCAAAUUAUAUCCGACUUUUUAUUUAUGCAUUUCGUUAAAAUAUUAAUAUCUAAAUACGUACAGGAGGUCGUGAUUCCGUAAUACCAUCUUAUUAUAAUAUAACAAGAAUUUCACUUAUUUUCAACGGACUCCGAAUGUUCUUAUAUUUUAUUAUAAUUAAUUUUAUAUUUAAACAUUUGUUUAAUAUUUUUUAAUCUAUUUGAAUCGUGUUUUUUUAUAAUCGAUAUUUAGUGAAAAUAUUGUGCAUAUUAUUAUGAUGUAUUUCGUAUAAUACAAUGACCAUAAUAUACGAAUUCUAUAUGCAAUGAAAAAUCAUAAAAUACUGAAAUAUGCAGUACACAUCAAAAAUGACAAAAAAAAAAAUAAAAAAAUUUUCGGAUCUGUUGACUAUAAUUCAAACUUGUAGUUUAUUUAGCUACUUUUUGAACUGUUAAAAAAAAAAAAACAUGCAAAUGCAUUUAAAUCCUAAUUAUGAGAAUAUACUAUUUGAUAUCGAUGGUUUUUUUUUCUUUCUUCUUCAAGGAAUGGAAUUGAGUCAGGACGUUGCAGGAGCAUCUGUCAUGGCCGCCGCAGUCGCCUGUCCCGAACUAUUCGUUAAUAUACUCGCGACAUUCUUUACGGAAGGCGAUGUCGGAAUCGGUACCGUUGUCGGAACAGGUUUAUUCAAUAUAUUAUUAGUUCCUGGACUUUGUAUACUAAUGGCUGAUCAAAAGGUAAGACUUGUCAUUUUUUUUUUUUUUUUCCCCAUUAAACAAUUAUUUGUAAAGAUAUUAUCCGUAAUUCGACUGUUUAAACUGUUUUGCAUGGGCAAAAAUGACUCGGGGGAGGGGAAGUGGGUUAAUCAAGCUCAAAAAGUAAGUACUCAAGAAGAAAGCAAAUUAUCACGGUCAUAUGAAAAAUAAAAACUUGCACUGUACGUCGUUAAAUUUAUAUUUUGGAUACCGCAAAUACCGAAAAAAGUUAUUAUUUUUUAUAAAAUCUAAUAAUUUAAAGUUUUAUAGUAAUGACAUAAUGACAACAAACUAUUUUUUUUAAUAUUCACAAAAUACUUGCGUAUUUUAUUUUUAUCCCUAGGAAAAUUGCCUAUAUAAAACCCCUUAAGAGGAAUUAUUAUCCACGUAUUUUGUAUACCGACUUCGUCUUACGAACGCAUCACGAUAUUACACGUUUUCAUUCAGACUGGCCAAUUGUGUGCUGUGAGUUUUAUUAUUAGAGUUAAUUCAAUCAACAUCAAACUUAGAAAAAAAUAAAAUCAGACAUCUUCGCACGAUGGGUAGGCCAUUGUUGUAGGUGAGAAGUUGGGAAGGUAGAGGGGAAAUUUAAAUCUACAGUACGAAUACUUUACACGCGGAUAUGACAUCCUCUUAAAUUAUAUGGGCAAGUUUCUCUUGAAAUAUCUAUCUAAAAAAUACAUUCUGAAUUUGGAUAUUUCAAUACUAAUAUUUUAUGUUAUUGAAUGAAAAUAAAUUAGAAUUUUUCGGUACUUAUAAUGGGAUAUUUAAAAGAAUCGAAUAUUAAAUGUACCUAGUUAAUCGAAGUAAUAUUAUUGUAUACAGACUAUACACUUGGAAAAUUGGCCCAUCACUCGGGACGUUUUGAUGUAUCUCGUGACGAUAUCACUAUUAGUGUGGUCGUUGUCCGACAACAAAGUUUACGCCUACGAAGCUUUGUUAUUAAUUAUCGCUUACUUGCUAUACUUAUUAAGUAAGUAAUCUAUUAUUUUUUAUCGUCUUCACUACUACCAAUAAUAUUUCCAACAGUUCUCUCUUACAGUUCGUAUCUUCAAAAAGUAUUUAAAUAUAUUUCUCGACAAAAAGAUGACAACAUUCUCGAAUCGUUUACAGAAAAUCAUCCAAUACUUCCUCUAAAUGGUACAGGUUUUUUUUUGAUACAUAUUUAGUACUCAACGUUUAUAAAGAUAACACAAUAGUUAACGUAACCAAUAUAUUGUAUAAGUAUUAAGAUGUUGUAAUUAAUUUCAGGAAAUGUAGCAAACGGAUUUUUCGUAGAUGACCAUAUCGGGUUGCCCAAAUGGAAGGACAGAAUUCGCGAUCAACUUUUAUUCAUCAAAGAAAUAAUAGUAUGGCCUAUAGUUAUAGUAUUAAAAAUAACUGUCCCGAGCUCCAAUAGUUAUGACAGAGUAUUUUGGGUUCCCAUCACUAUGUUUAUGUGUAUAUUUUGGAUCGGGUGCGGCUCGUUUGUUAUCGUAGAAUUAAUAACAAUCAUAGGUAAGUCGAAAAAAAAAAACCGUUACAAAUAUUGCAAUAUUAUUAAGACUCGGAUUUUAAUGCUAACAUGUUAUUUGUACUGUUACUUAAUAAAUUAAUUUAGGCAAGUAAUGAAUUCAAUUCACGCGAUUCUCUGUUAUAUCAUAUGUAGCCGUUAUGCAUUUUAGAAAUUUGUCCGGGUUUCCUCAUAAUCUACGUGUAUUUAGACAAUUUCGCUAACAUAUUUUACUGUUAAUAUUGUUAGUUGGCUGGAAUACCUGCAGUCAUCAUUUAAUCAAAGUAUGCAACUUCGAUAUCCGCAAAGUCGAUAUGCAACUAGAUGUACUUAUAAUGCAUGUUUCGCAUGUUUAAAGUAGUUUAAGUGGUAAGUACAUUCCGAAAUUGCGAUUAUUUGAAAAAGGGAGAAGCUUUAGAAAACGAUUCUGUAAUUUUUUUCUUUGUUACUCAUGAUGAAGGCUGUACAUUUUAUUAUGUAACCAUAUAAAACCAAAAUAUAGCGUAUACUACAUAUUUUUAAUCGGUUUUAAAUACAUUAAAAUCCGAGUCCUGAUUAUAAUUUUUUUGGUAAAUAGGCACCCACUAUAUAUAUACAUAGUGAAUCUCUAAAAAUAUAAUUGAACAACCGUGUGUAAUACAAAAGUAAUACUACGGUAAUAUAGAAAACAAAAUUUCGUUUUUUUUGUGGUUUAUAUUAGAAAUAUAAAUUAAUUUUACGACUCGCAAGUCGAAAGGAAUACCCCGAAGAUUCUUUCACGCCAUCACACAAGCUAUAGACUGUAUUGUAAUACGUUCGUUCAUGUAUAUUAUUCAAUUUUAUUUUACUUGAAAAAUUAUUUGAGAUGUAUACACAAACAAAUGAAAUAACAAAUCAAAAAAUUUUUACUAUAUUGAUACAAUUUUUCAGGAAACGAGUUCUCAAUUCCCGAUUCGGUUAUGGGGCUUACACUAUUGGCGAUCGGUAUGAGUGUACCCGAAAUGGUAUCCAGUAUAGCGGUCGCGAGACAAGGUCUGAAUGAAUGUUAAUACACAAUAAUAAAUAGGUAAUUAAAUAAUAUAGAAAUAAACAUUUUGUUUUUAUUUCAGGACAGGGCACCAUGGCUUUGUGUACGGCUCUAAGUUCAUCGACAUUUGACGUCUUAAUCUGUCUGGGCGUUCCAUGGUUUAUUAAAGCUAUGUGGUUCCAUAAAGUCGACUCGAGUGCAUCGGUAGACAUCCAUUCGAAGAGUCUUGACGACAGUGCAAUAGCGGUAAUGAUAAGUACAAUCGGUUUUUUGGUGUUGAUGUGUGCGAAAAAAUUUGUACUGACCAAAAUGGUAUGUAUACAAUUCGAUUUUAUGCGUAUUUUUUUUUAUUUUUAUUUUUUUCAUAUUUUAGUCAGGAGGAUUUCUUGUUUUGAUGUGGUUAUUGAUUUGUUCGGCUAUGGUUUACAAUGAGUAUACAACAAAAUGAGUGUUCAAUUAUUGCUAUAAAUUAUUUAAUGUGUGAUGAUGACAUUGUAAAUAUUAUGCUAAACAUGGCUAUAAUGGCAUCAUCAAAAUAUCUGGAGUAUUAUUGAUAUUGGAUUUAACAUAUCAGUAUAAUAUCUGCAGAUUAUUUGUUGUUUUUUUUUUUUUUAUGGAGGACAAACAUCUCUAAAAUAACUUUACCUAUUAUAUUAUAUUUUAAACAUAUUUAAUUUAAGAUAGUAUAAAAUCAUUUACGCCAUAUAUAUAUAUAUACUUAUAUGUAUAAUAUAUAUAUAUUAUCAUAUUAAUUAUUAUUACUACUUAUAUAUUAAGUAGGUACCUACACACAAUUUGAUUUCUGUGUAAUUGUGAAAAUUAGCAAUUAACUUCAGAGUCUGUGAACAGAUUACGUUGCGGUUUUCACCUAUACAGAGUUUUGCAUUUUUAUACUGAUACAAGAAUACCCAACAUAGUACCAAACAGAUAUAAAUUUAGUUGGAAUAUUUAAAUUUUUAUUUUAUAAGCUAAAGAUAGAUAGCUAAAGCUAAAAGGUUUUGAUUUGCUCUGUGCACUUGAAUGUUGAUGCAUUUCUAGAAUCGUUAACACCGCCAAAGUCCUUUGGUUAUUUCACGGAUUUCUAUAAUAUUGUUUUGUGUAUGCUCUGAAAAUUAAAUUUAAAAAUAGGUACUUAUUCAGUUGAUUCCUUAUAUCCUGUUUAAUAGAAGUCGUCCGGGAAGAAUAAUAUAUAUUAACCGACAACGUCAAGUGAAAAUAUAUUAUAACUAUAUGGCGUAUUUGAUUUUGUAAUAUAGUGUUCUGUGAUAUAGACAUAAUUAUAUUUGAGUUAAGAUAAAAUUAAUAAAUAAAAAACGAUUUUUAUACUAUUAAGUUUCUUAUUUUCACAAUGUUAAUACGAGGUGAGAAAAUGCAAUUACUUAAAACGAAUAAAAAUUAAGCAACCACUGCUGAUGUGUGUCCGGUUUAAUUUCCUUAAAUUUGUAUAGGUGUAAAUAAACUACGAUCGUUUUUAAUUUGAUUAAUCUAAUUCUCCAGUUUACAAUUCCCUAUAAAGGGUAUUUUCAAAUAAAUUAUCAGUCACACAUUAGAUACAUUAUAGUCAUUAAACUAUUUUAAACUUUACUGGCUAUUCUAUAGAUUUAGUUAAAAUAAACGUAAAGAUAAUUAUAAUAACUGUUAAUCAAAUUAUUUUAGAUUGAAUUCUAUUAAAAGGGAUAUUUUGAAUAUUUUCUUGGGUUUAAAUGAAUUAAUUUUUGAUACAUUUUAAACAUUUUUUUUUCUUGUAAUUAUACACCUAUAUAAUAUUAAAAUGAAUACUGACCUUCAAUUUAAUGACAUCAGUCAUAACACCUGUGCAUUUUUAUCUUGCUAUCUAAAAUAUGUUCUACUUUUCCUCUUCCCACCCAAAUAUAUUAUGUUUUUAAAAUUUAAUAGACCGCUUCAUAGGUAGUAAAAUUAUUUGUUAAUAAUGGGUAAUAGGUAAAAUAUUUGAUAAUUUUUAGUUUCCAAUUCAAUAUGCAGGCAAUACAAAAUUUAAUUAGUUUGCAGAGAGCAUCAUAAUAUAGAUUUUUUUACAUUUAAAUUUCCUGCAUAAUUUAACUAAGAGUUGGUAUUUCCUUAAUACCAUUUUAUACUGUGUGGUUACCUUAUUUAAUUUGUUCAUACGAUUAUUUGUGAUAGCUAGUAUUUUGAUCACCAAAAACCAAUGAUAUAUCUAUCUUUUAAUUGUUUAGCAUUAUUUUUUUCUUUGUUAGCUCGAUACAAUUUAUGUGUAUGUACUUGUGGUAAUGCUAAUGUUAUAAAUCAUAUAAACACUAUUUUCGUAAGUGAUGAACUGUGUUGGCAAGAUAAUAUAGACUAAUAUAGGCUUUAUGAAUUCACUUCAUUGAAUUAUGAGAGGUUAGGUUAGGUUAGGAGAGAAGUUUGAGCCGCGCUCAAUGAUCAAAUAACAGUCUUUCUUUUACCAGUAUUUGUAUCAAAUAAUUGGUCUGUGAUUCAACAAAAAAAUAUGUUCACUUGUCUUAUGAUGUCCGUUGUAUCUUUUAAGUUCAUACAAAUAUGUCUUGAGUUACUAAUGAAAAACGGUUUUGUACCUUUAUUUUAUAGUAUUUCAUAUUUUGUUAAGUUUUUUAUUUGUAUUUGAAUUGCAAUAUUUUUUAUUGUAUAUAUUUUUUAAUUUUAUAUCCCGAUAUAGAUUAUUUUUGUGUUUAUAGUGCUGAUGUAUUGUAGGUAGGUACCAUUAUAUGGUUUAUGAUUUAUAAACUUAACGUUUUGACAAUAGGGUUAUGAGUUAAUACAUCACAGUAAUGUAACAUGACAAUGUUCCUCAUUCCCUUUAAAUACCUACUUAUAAAUCAAAAGCAAAUGAUAUAUUAUAGUUUAUAAGCAUAUACCACAUAGGUAUAUAUUUAAUACCUACCUAAAAAAUAUAAAAUUAUCAAAAUUGUGAAAAUUGUACGAAUCAUACAAGUAUAUACGGUAUAGGUCUACUAUUGUUGUAUAAUAAUAACUUUCUAAAAUAGUAUAAUAUUUGUUUAUUAUUUUAAAUUUGAAUAGAUAAAAUUUUACUUGAAUUUAGGAUUAGGAACUCGACAUUGUUAUCAAUCAAAAAUAAAUGUACUUAGCUAUAUUAUACAUAAUUCUGCAUAUCAGUAGUUAUUAUUUAAUUACAAUUAUAGGUACCUAUAACAAGUUGUUAAUUAUUUUUUAAGAUAGUUAUUUUGUAUAUUUAUUGAUAAAACUUACAAACAUGUACACAGAAUAUAAAAAAUAGUAUGUAUUAUUAUAUUUACUAAAUUCAUAAUAACCUAAUAAACU